AUGGUUCUCAAAUCCAAAGGGGGUAGAGGUGAAUUAGCAAGAUUGAGUAUAGCGGCCCCUUCGGGCGCAUCGCGGCAAUUCACUUCAUUCUGCCCGUUCUCCCUUCGUAUUUGGUCUGAUGCGAGUGCUGUGGAUACCGCACGCCCCCUCACUAGGCCCUUCCUGAAAGCUGCGGGUGCUCUCCACCUGAAUAUUGGAUCAAUUAAGUCAUGGGGUUUGUUACGACAGUGUCAUCCUCCAAACGCUAUCCAAGACGCCCACAACACCCUCUUUGAAGAGGGCAUCAAACUUCGUCAGGAAGUCGCCUGUGACGAGUAUACUUUCCCCGUCCACUCCAAGAAAUUGCUACAGAAAUUGGAUGGGAGUGAAUACGGACGCGCCCUAGUUUUGAUCAUUGGUGUGCAUGUAAGAGAGGCAUUGAAGAAUGGGUUAAUAGAGGUGGAGAUUAGAGAGCCUUUGAUACAAGUUGGUGGCUAUUGCGGAUUGCUAGCAAGUGAGUGUCCCAUUUUGGAAGCGCUUAGGGUUGCGGAGAGGGUGAAUAAAGAGUCUAAGAAAGAGGUAGCGGAUAAGGAAAGGAAGGUUAAGUACCACUAUGAAAACAGCUGUUACACUGCAGCCCCGGAUGUCAUGAAGGCAUUAAAGGUUAACCAAACGGACCUAUUUCGCCAAACUCAGCAUUGUUAUAGAAAAAUCACCCCGACUUUCGUCAUAUCCUGA